CCGUCUGACCUAUUGCUGCCCCGGCUCGUUCCGGUCUUCACCGCUUCCUCCGCCCUUUCCCACGUUCUCUGCGCCUGCGCGACCGGAAAAUUCGCGAACGUUCCUGAAGUGGAACCAGCCGUUUCCGGAAGCCGGCAGCCGCCCUAGCCGUCAGACCGGUACCUGCGACAGGGCAGUGAUAAACGCGCUCUCCUGCGGUUCCCGGCGUCUUGGCCUUACUUCUAACGGUGCGAAUAGAUAUGGCCCUGCUGUGCUACAACCGGGGCUGCGGCCAACGCUUCGAUCCCGAGACCAAUUCCGACGAUGCUUGCACAUACCACCCAGGCGUUCCAGUCUUUCAUGAUGCGUUAAAGGGUUGGUCUUGCUGUAAGAGAAGAACAACUGACUUUUCUGAUUUCUUAAGCAUUGUAGGCUGUACAAAGGGUAGGCAUAGUAGUGAAAAGCCACCCGAGCCUGUCAAACCUGAAGUGAAGACUACUGAGAAGAAAGAACUAUCUGAAUUGAAACCUAAAUUUCAGGAGCACAUCAUUCAAGCCCCUAAACCAGUAGAAGCAAUAAAAAGGCCAAGCCCAGAUGAGCCAAUGACAAAUUUGGAGUUAAAAAUAUCUGCCUCCCUCAAACAAGCACUUGAUAAACUUAAACUGUCAUCGGGGAAUGAAGAAGAUAAGAAGGAAGAAGAAAAUGAUGAAAUUAAGAUUGGGACCCCGUGUAAAAAUGGAGGCUGUUCGAAGACGUAUCAGAGUCUACAAAGUCUAGAAGAAAUCUGUGUGUAUCAUUCUGGAGUACCUGUUUUCCAUGAAGGGAUGAAAUACUGGAGCUGUUGUAGAAGAAAAACUUCUGAUUUUAAUACAUUUUUAGCCCAAGAGGGCUGCACAACAGGGAAACACCUGUGGACUAAAAAGGAUGCCGGAGGAAAAGUUGUUCCAUGUAGGCAUGACUGGCAUCAAACAGGAGGUGAAGUCACCAUUUCAAUAUAUGCUAAAAAUUCCCUUCCAGACCUUAGUCGAGUAGAAGCAAAUAGUACAUUGUUAAAUGUGCUCAUUGUAUUUGAAGGAGAGAAGGAAUUUCAUCAAAAUGUGAAAUUAUGGGGUGUGAUUGAUGUAAAACGAAGCUAUGUAACUAUGACUGCAACAAAGAUUGAGAUCACCAUGAGAAAAGCAGAACCUAUGCAGUGGGCAAGCCUGGAACUGCCUGCAGCUAAAAAGCCAGAAAAACAAAAAGAAGAUACAACAGAUUGAGUGGGAGAGAAGGGGAAAAGAAACUUUUUAUUUUGGAAUUCCUAAUCGUGCUGAAGUGGUGGCUUGCUGCUGUAAUCUUUUCUUAUUGAAGUCUGGCAUUUCAGGGUUAAUAGUAGGUUCUUAAAAACCAAAGUCAAAUUGUCCUUUUGUGCCCCCCCCCAAUCAUCUGUUUGAGUUACAUGAGGUUAAAUUGUUCAUUUCUCCUCAGUAAUGGAACCAUAGGUGUGUCUUAUACUUGAAGAAGCUAGAAAAUAGCUCAUAAACAUAGUACAGUAUUUCCUAGUAUAAGCAAAAAAAAGCAAGCAGGCAUUAAAGAACAUUUGUCUUUGUUCACAUGUCUUUCUGUUAUUGCAUAAUUAGUAAAACAAGAUAGAAUGUCAGAUUUUUUUAUUUUUCAUGGAUUUUUGUUCCUAUAAUACUUGAAAAUCUUUAAGAGAGAAAGUUCUGCAUUGUUUUUUUUUCCAUUUGGGACGGUUACGUUGUCUAGGAGGAUUCUAAGGUAGUAUAAGAGAAACAUAUACAUUGGUUAAAAUUAAAAUUCAUUUACAACAAUUAAAAAGUUGCAUCAGUAACCUGUAUCACUUGCCCCAAAAAACCCAGUGCCGUUGAGUCAUCACUUGCCCAGCAGUUGUAAUUUAAGAGUAUAGGAGGCAUUGUAAAUAAAACUGUAGAGGUAUUAAUUUAGUUAAAACUCAAACCAUUUUAUAAGACUAAGCAAUAAUGUUAAAAAUCUUUUUCCUGAUUAUUUAAAGAUCUUUGUAUGGUGUUACAACUAGGUUGUACCUGAUUUACAGCCCAUAUCCUCUUAAAACCUUUAUUGUAUGGUUACAUAUUAAGAAGAAAUUAUAUUUGGCCUCACUGAUAGAAAACUGUAUCUAUAAAAUUGUAGACAUAAAGGCUUGUGAAAAUA